CCCGCUCAGGUCGACGUCCUGAUGGAGGCAGCUGCCCACGGGGAGAGUGACCCCAUGAAGGGCGUGUCCGAGAACAUCAUGCUGGGCCAGCUGGCCCCGGCCGGCACCGGCUGCUUCGAUCUCCUGCUGGACGCCGAGAAGUGCAAGCACGGCAUGGAGAUCCCCAGCGCCCUGCCCGGCCUCGGCGUCGGCGGCCCCACCGGGAUGUUCUUCGGCUCGGCCCCCAGCCCCAUGGGGGGGAUGUCCCCAGCCAUGACCCCCUGGAACCAGGGGGCCACCCCGGCCUACGGCGCCUGGUCCCCCAGCGUGGGCAGCGGCAUGACCCCGGGCGGGGCCGGGUUCUCCCCCAGCGCCACCUCCGACGCCUCCGGGUUCAGCCCCGGCUACUCCCCGGCCUGGUCACCCACGCCCGGCUCGCCGGGGUCACCCGGCCCCUCCAGCCCCUACAUCCCCUCCCCUGGUGGGGCCAUGUCCCCCAGCUACAGCCCGACGUCCCCUGCCUAUGAGCCGCGGUCACCGGGGGGCUACACCCCACAGAGCCCCAGCUACAGCCCCACUUCUCCCAGUUACAGCCCCACCUCCCCCAGUUACAGCCCCACCUCACCCAACUACAGCCCCACCUCUCCCAGUUACAGCCCCACCUCACCCAGUUACAGCCCGACCUCACCCAGUUACAGCCCCACCUCACCCAGUUACAGCCCCACGUCCCCGAGCUACAGCCCGACCUCCCCCAGUUACAGCCCCACCUCGCCCAGUUACAGCCCGACAUCGCCCAGUUAAUACAGCCCCACCUCACCCAACUACAGCCCAACCUCUCCCAGUUACAGCCCCACCUCACCCAGUUACAGCCCGACCUCGCCCAGUUACAGCCCCACCUCACCCAGUUACAGCCCCACGUCCCCGAGCUACAGCCCGACCUCCCCCAGUUACAGCCCCACCUCGCCCAGUUACAGCCCGACAUCGCCCAGUUACAGCCCGACGUCUCCCAGUUACAGCCCCACCUCGCCGAGCUACAGCCCCACCUCUCCCAGUUACAGCCCGACCUCGCCCAGUUACAGCCCCACCUCACCCAGUUACAGCCCAACCUCGCCCAGCUACAGCCCCACUUCACCCAACUACAGCCCCACCAGCCCCAACUACACCCCGACCUCGCCCAACUACAGCCCCACCUCUCCCAGUUACAGCCCCACUUCCCCCAGUUACAGCCCCACCUCUCCCAGUUACAGCCCGUCCAGCCCCCGCUACACCCCGCAGUCGCCCACCUACACCCCCAGCAGCCCCAGUUACAGCCCCAGCAGCCCCAGUUACAGCCCCACGUCCCCCAAGUACACCCCGACCAGCCCCAGCUACAGCCCCAGCUCCCCCGAGUACACCCCGACCUCGCCCAAGUACAGCCCCACAUCCCCCAAGUACAGCCCCACGGCCCCUCAGGGGGUCCCCGACCCCCCCGGGCCCCUCCAGGACGCGGCCGCGGAGGAGCCCGAGGAGGAGCUCGAGUGA